AUGGCUCCAUCAUGGCGCACAAGAUGUAGCUUCACUCUCAGCCUUGCUGCCCUCGUCUUCUUUAAUUCUCGCCUGAUAGCAGCGCAAUGCGAAAUCCCGCCUCUGACACUCACCUGGUCGAACAUCACCGUCACACAGGACGGUCUCGGUGUCGCACGUGGUAUUGAACUUGGUAUCGGAACUCCGCACCAGAUCUUUGCUUUCCGACCGUCGACUACGCUCAACAAUACGCGUAUCAACAAUGUUAUAAAUUGCGGAUCUGCGAGCAACGACAGCUGCAUCGGUGGUCUAGGCGGUGCUUUCGACGCGCCAAAGUCUACAUCGUAUGCGGUUUCGAUCAAGAGCCAGUGGAAUGGCAGCCAAGUCGACGCUGAGGACAGCACCGGUGCAUACGUCUACUUCAAUGAUGAUGUCGCGUUCCAAGAAAAUGGCAAUGUCGACGGCUUUCCAUUGGUCAUGGAUAGUGAAGUCUGGGGAGGUGUGCAAUCUGGUCUACCUCUCGGAACCAACUCUUCCUUCCUCCGCGCUGCAGUCGCAGGUGGUGUCGCGCCAUCUCAAGUAUUUGGUCUGUGGAGUGGUAGCAGGGGCAUCGAUCCACAUGACGGCCUGCUUGUUGUAGGAGGAUACGAUCGUGCGCGGGUCGACCCAGCAUCCAACUUCACUACUUUCCCGAUCCGCGAUUGGAACCUCGAGCGCGCCUGUCCUCUACAAGUGACGGUCACAAACCUGACGUAUCAGGAUAAACCGCUCAUACCAGACGGAAGCGAUGGGCUGAUUGCUUGUAUUGAGCCAUCGACGCAGCGCUUCGUCUUUCCUCCAGCGAUUGCGCAGGCAUUCGGAAACUCUACUGGCCAGAAUGAGACCGCAUAUCCGGCGAAGAUGCAAUACAACGUCUCGAAUCGUCCCGGCGGCGAUCUCAUUGUAACAUUGGCAGGCGGCUAUCAGUCCAGGAUACCUAACAAGGAAUUGUUCGCGCCACUACGCGGAUCUGACGAGUACGGCCGGUAUGCCAUCACCAACGACAGCACACUCGAAGCCUUCGUGUCGGAUACGCGACAAGAUGAUCCAGGCGAUGUUGACAGUACCCUGGGAGGGCUCUUCUUGACCUUCAACUAUCUUUUAGUAGACUACGCGAAAAGCGAGUUUCAACUUGCGCCAGCUGUCGCAGCCGAUGCGCAAAACCUAUCGCCGAACCCUACCACGAUCUGCACACCUACCAGCAUCACGCCCGCGAGCCCGGCUCCGACAGCCGAAAGUAAAUCGACCAAUAAAGGUGCAAUAGCAGGUGGCGUUGUGGGAGGUGUUGCUGGACUGGCCGUGCUUGGAGCCAUAGGCUUCCUGCUGUUUAGGCGGAACCGCCGAGCCAAGAACCCUGCUGUCAGCGAGAUCGAUGGGCAAACAAUUGAACCAGUAUCGCGGCAGCCGUCAGAGAUGAUGGCGCAUGAAGUUACACCUGUGCAUGAGAUGUCUGCGAGUCGAUACGCAAGUUUCCGAAAGCCUGAAGGGAGGGGAUGGCAUUGA